UUAACAGGAGUGAUAUAUGAUGUAGUGGGUCUCUCUUUUUAUAUCUCUUGUCUUUUACAUUCUCCAUUGUAACUUCCUUCUCACUUGUCCUUGAAGUCGCACACACAAAUUCAAGGCCAGAUCCCCAAACAUAAUCUAUCCAUAUACAUUGUUCAGUCCAUCAUAUCAAUCAAUCAAUCAAUCACCUCAAACUCUGAGAAACAAUCAAAACAAAAGGAGAGAGAGAAAGAGAGAAGAAAGAGUAAACAAACAUGUCAUCAUCGGCAUCCUUCCAACCGGACCACCACCACCACCACCACCACCUCUCACCAACCCCCGAGCAACUCUGCUAUGUCCAGUGCAACUUUUGUGAAACCGUUCUUGCGGUGAGUGUUCCUUGCAGCAGUUUGUUCACAACUGUUACUGUUCGAUGUGGGCACUGCACCAAUCUUUUGUCUGUUAACAUGCGUGCCCAUCUUCUUCCUGCUGCUGCUGCUGCCUCUGCGAAUCAGCUUCAUUUUGGCCAUAACUUCUUCUCUCAUCAAAACAUUAUGGAGGAGAUGAGGAACAUGACCCCUUCGAACCUAUUGAUGAAUCAGUCAAUUCCAGAGUCUAUAGGUCCAGUUCGAGUUGAUGAGUUACUGAAACCUCCUGUAGUGAAUAGGCCUCCAGAGAAGCGCCAGAGAGUUCCUUCUGCUUACAACAGAUUUAUCAAGGAAGAGAUCCAACGUAUCAAAGCAGGUAACCCAGAUAUAAGCCACAGGGAAGCCUUCAGUGCAGCUGCAAAGAAUUGGGCACAUUUUCCUCACAUCCACUUUGGUCUUAUGCCUGAUGAUCAGCCCCUAAAGAAACCAUCUGCUUGCCAACAGGAUGAAAGGAGAUACCAUAACCUUAACCAGCAAUGUGGCGAUGUAGUCAUCUACCAGAGUAUAGAUGGCGACUACGGACUAUUCUAGACAACCCAGUGGAAACACCAGCAUGCCCAUAACCUGAAGGAGAUGAUCUUCGAUUGAAAGAUGGUUUUCUUAGUUCGGGCAACGUGGGAGUUUCUCCAUACUAGGGAAAGCGAGGGCUAAUGUAUAAUAGCUAACUAGAUUUUCUAGUUCCCCGCGUAUGCACUACUCUUUCUUGCAUUGUUAUUUUCUUUACAAGACCGAUCCAUCAAUGAGGGUUCUCGUUUAUAAUGUGUGUGUUUGAGUUGAUUCCUUUUGAUGACUAUUACAUUUGGUUUCGGAUAUCAAAGAAUGGUUUAAGGUGUUAAAUCAUUCUUAAAACCCUUUGACAUGGUGUAUCAUUACAUUCGGUUUGUAAUAUAAUUGUUUCUUUGUUGGCUUUUA